CUAACCUUUAAAUUUGACGUAAUAUAUGACAUAAUUUUGAGCUGAACUAGAUUUUAAAAGUAUUCAAGAAAUGAGCCGAACAAUUUUGCAGACAUUCGACACUUACCAGAAGGCUAGACUACAAUUCGUGCAAUGUGUUGGCGACUUAGCACUAAGAGAACAAAACUGUGAACUCUUAUAUAAUGCUGGUAUCUUGGAAUUGCUCAGGCCACUGCUAACAGAUCCCUGUACCCAGAUACAGCAAUGCGCAGCUGUUGCACUUGGCAGGCUUGUCCACAACAAUGCACAAAUCGCUGAUCAAUUGUUAGACCAGAACUUUGUGCCCAUAUUUUUGAAUAGUCUGACAAUAGGUAGUAAAUAUCAAAAGAAAGCGAUCCUACUCGUGUUGAGAUCCAUUUGCAAGCACAGUGACACGAACACUACAAACAUCAUAAACGCCGGAGGAUUGCAAGCCAUGAUCAACUGUUUGGAAGACUUUGAAGCCACUGUGAAAGAGGCCGCUGCUUGGGGAAUCGGUUAUAUAGCUCGACAUAACAAGAUGUUAGCUCAGGCUUGCGUUGACGCAGGAGCAGUACCUUUGUUACUUUUGUGUCUCCAGGAGCCUGAGUUGAAUCUCAAGCAAAUCGCUACAAGUGCACUGUCUGAUAUUGCCAGACAUAGUGUAGAAUUAGCACAAAACAUCGUCGAUUCAGGUGUCAUACCAUUUUUGGCCAAGAACCUUAACAACACCGACGAAAGACUGAAGAAGCAGAUCCUAUGCUGUUUGAGCUCUUGUGCUAAACAUAGCACGGAUCUUGCCGAGACAGUAGUAGAAGCUGAGAUAUUCCCUUCGGUACUGCUACAUCUUGCACAUCCCUGUAACCAGGUGAGAAGAAACGCUGCCAAUUUGGUCAGAGAUGUUGUGAAGCAUUCCUUGGAACUGACAGAACUUGUGGUGAAUACUGGCGGAAUACAUGCAUUGAUGGAGGUUCUUUUCUUAGAAGAUAGACAGAACGAGGCCAAGCUGCCAUCCAUAACAGCUCUAGGUUUUAUUUCUGCCCAUUGUGACCAGCUGGCCAUGUCUAUACUAGGAUGUAAGUGUGUAGUAGUUCUGGGCAAAAUAUUGCAGGAGUCGAAGGAUGACCGAUUAUUAUCGGUAACAGCUUGGACGCUCGGCCAGAUAGGUAAACAUAGCCCGGAACAUUCUCACGCUGUUGCUGCUGCUGACAUUUUUCCUAAACUGGUUGAACUAUAUGUCAGUGAAGAUUCGUCUGAGGACCUGAGAUACAAAUGCAAGAACUGUUUGAAGCUUUGCCUGCAAAAAUGCUUACUGAUAUCCGCACUUGAACCGCUGCUCUACGACGCUCCGCCUAACAUACUCAAAUAUGUGCUGGGCCAAUACAGCAAGGUGCUUCCUCGACAUCCCAAGGCGCGAAGGAUGUUUGUCACUUCUGGAGGGUUGAGGAAGGUUCAGGAGAUGGAAGCAAAACCUGGAACCACCCUUUACGAGAACAUCAACAUCGUCAACUCUUGUUUCCCGGAGGAAAUUGUAAGGUACUACUCACCUGGAUACCCAGAGACAUUACUGGAUAAAGUGGAACAGUAUUCUCCACAGAUGAUGACAGUAAUGAGAGAAAGUCAGAGGAAUGAAGAAGGAAUUCAAACGGAGAUCAUCAAUAUGGUAGAUGAACUAGAGUCGUCAGAUGAAGAAGGACAUGAUAUACCAAUUGAAUGAGCAAAAUAAUACUAUACAUAUAUUUGUUUAUACAAUUAAAUUAUACGCUCAA